AUGUCUGCCCCCGACACCAACAAGUCCAGCGAGGGUAUCGUCGGCCAGAUCGGCAACUCCACCUCCAACGCUGCCAACUACAUCUCCAAGGUCUCUACUGAUAAUGCCAAAGCGGCAGCGAAACGAGCCAAGAUGAAGGAGAAAAACAAUCGCAACCGGAAGAAGCGCCGAGAGAAGGAGAAGCUUGAGCGCAAGAAUGUCAAAAAUCAAGCUCGUCUCAGUCCUGCACAGUAUGCACACUUGUCUAGUCUGGAUAUCCCUGGCCCUAUUGCUGACCUGGAUUGUGCAGGGACGAGGAAGAUGGAGUGA